AUGGAAAAAUACUUUUUUGGAAAAACACAACACUUGGGAUCAUAAGUCUUAAAAUUUAUGUUGAUUGGUGAUGACCAAAGACAAAAAGGAGUUAUUGAAUUAUUAAAAAACACUUCAAAAGAUUUUCAAUCACAUAUAUCUUGUGUUAGUGGAAUGCAAUUCUUAAGAAAAAUGUUAGAAUAUGACUAUAAUCCCUAUGCUGAUUUCUUUUUAAAAGUAUUUGCUGAAGUAAGUAUUAAACAACUUAAAAAAAUGGGUGUUUCAUUCCAUGUCUGUGGAACCAACAAAUAACUUUGCAAAUAGGAUACUCUACUCCUUAUUUAUAAAUAUGUUAAAGUGAAUGAUUUAAAACCAGAAUUCAUAUCCUUUUUAUUAGAAGAUUAGGAAACAUUAACUGAAUUCCAGCAAUUUAAAGAGGCUUACCAACAAAAAAAGGAAGAAGGCUUUUAAAUCAUAAUGGACAGCGCAGAAAACCUGCAGAAGGAAACUAACCCUAUAAAAUCAAAUUCAAAGGAAAAACUCAGUAUUCUAGAUUAAGAACCAUCGAUAGAGUAAUUGAAGGAAAUUGAAAGUAACCAAAGUAUAAUUUGGAAAUAAGUGCAAGAAUUUGAUAAUCAUCGAAUUUAACAUGUUUAAGGUCAGAUUGUUAAGACUGUACAUCCCCUUAAAUGUAGUUUAAAUAGGGCAAUUGAAUUAUUAACUACAUAAAAACAUAAGUGGGUCGAAACAAUGAUUGUGAGAUAGAUUAUAAAACAAAUAGAGAAUAAUAAAUAAAUAGUUGCAGAGACCUACUUAUGGUAAGAUAAACAACUCUUUAAAAAAGUAGUCUUCUUUUCUGAAGAAACCUUGAUCCUUAAUGAUGAUAAUUUCGAAAUUUAAAUGAGGCCUGUUUUUGAUUAUCAAUCUUAUGAACAAUAUCAAAAGUGCGACGAAAAAAGUUAAAAAUUAUAAGUGACUUAUGGAGUCUACAAGAAUAAUAUCACAACCGUAACAAUAAUCUAAAAUUUGUUUGAUAAAGUAUAACAACUUCAAUAUACUCCUGUGCUUUUAAAAGAAGUAGAUUACUUUGAAAAAACAGUUCAAUAGCUAAAACUUUUAUAAACUGAGUGA